GGCAGAGGCCUCCAGGCCCCAGAGAAGCAGCAGGUUGAAACAGGCUAGUGGCAGUGAGAAUAUCAGACCAAAACAGGCAUGUUGGGUGGGCAGGAUAGCGAGGCUGCUGAAGAGAAAAGAAACAGCAAAUAGCUGAGUAGAGGCUGAGGGAGAUAGAGAAUCACAUACUCGUGUUCAAAAAGAUUUCAGUGGAGCUCCAAGAGACAGAAAGACGGGUGGGUCACAGGGAGACGCAGAAGGGAACAAAAAGUACUUUUUAUGAGAAGAGAGGUGUUUAGAAGCAAACAGCCAAGCUGGGAAGAAGAGAUUGUCUCUGAACUUAGCAGUGUGUCUGGGCAUGGAAGACUGAUAGCAAACAAGUAAACAGAGCUGACAACUGUGGUAACCGCAGGAGCAAAGCCUGCUCAGUGACAAGGAUGAGCACUCCUCCUGAGACCUGUGACGAGGAGCUGAGAAAAGGUGCAAAGACAGAACGAUGCCUUCAGGGGAAAAGCCUACUUCUGUGUACACUUAUUCUCAGUACUGUCCUUGGCUUUACACUGCUUAUCACCUACAUCGUGAUGACUUGUGCUCUAGGAUCCUGUGAUGUCAAGCCAGGUCUUACUCUGUUGGAAAGACUUCUGAAUUCUAGGAAUGACACUGUAGAGCCCUGUGAGGAUUUCUACAAAUAUGCCUGUGGCAACUGGAAAGGCAAACACUCAAGCAGAACCACAGAAGAAUCACUAAAUGUAUUUGAUGUGUUGUUGGAAGAAAAUCUGUUGAUCCUGAAAAGGCUUUUAGAGAGUCCACAGUUUGGGAUAAGAGGCUCAGCCCAGGAGAAAGCAAUGCAAUUCUAUCGUUCCUGCAUGAAUAUCGAACAGAUAGAAUCUCAAGGAGCUCAGCCAUUGAAGGACCUCCUAAAUCAGGUUGGUGGAUGGAGUAUCACAGAUGUGGAGGAAACAAAAGAUUUUAAUGAAACUCUCCAGAUUCUUAUGGGCAGAUACAACACCUUUCCCUUUUUCAGAGUCCACGUGGGACCUAUUCCUUCUGACCCCAAAACCAAUAUUAUUCAGAUUGACCAUCCUGAGUUUGAGUUGCCACCUGAGAGUGAAUUCAAAGAAAAAAAUUAUCUUGAGGUUCUCCGUGUGUAUCUUUCAUAUUUGAGGAAACUGGGGGUCCUACUUGGAGGGACACAGGAUGGUCCCCCUGAUUCCUUUUCCCCUACCUUGGCCUUCAUCUCUAACCUCCAGCAAGUUGUCACCCCACUGAAGAAAAGACAGGAGAGCGGGAUGCUGUUCUUUCGCACCACCAUUAGGGAGCUACAGGAAAAUGCACCUGCUAUUGACUGGCUGUCAUGUCUCCAGGCUGUCUUCCAUCCCAUGCCAAUGAACCUCUCUCAGCCAAUUGCAGUGCAUGACAUGGAUUACUUAAGAGGCAUGUCACAACUCAUCGAAAAAUGGCACAAGGGAAGGGUCCUUCACAUUUAUAUGAUUGUUUGUUUGGUUGGGAAUCUCUCCCCAGCCCUUGAUAGUCGAUUCCAAGAUGUACGCCUGGACCUGUAUAAGAUUCUUUAUGGAAAAAUGGGAUCUAGAAUGAUUCCAGCUGAGCGCUGGAGGAAGUGCUUGACUGAUACCAGCUCUUUCUUUGAGCCAGUUCUAGGGAAGAUGAUUGUGCAAGAAAUUUUUCCUCAGCAGACCAAGAAACUUGCUGAGCAGAUGUUCUCUGAGAUCCAAGAUGCCCUCUAUGACCGACUGGAUGAGUUGGAAUGGAUGGAUGAACAGACUCGCCAAAGCGCUAAAAUCUCGGUUUCCAAACUACAGGUGGAGAUUGGCUAUCCAGCUCACACACUCCAGACUGCCAAAGUGAACCUGGAAUACCAGAAUCUGGAGAUAAAUGAAGACACCUUUUUCCUCAAUGUGGUGGCCUGCUUGAAGAUCCUGAGGGAAAAUUCCUACCUGAAAAUCCUUCAGCAUCACCCACAGAAUAAGUGGCAUGUGUAUCCCUGGAGUGUGCAUUCAUACUACUCGAUAAGGCACCACAUGGUGGUCUUUCCUGCUGGAAUGUUUCGCAGCCCUUUUUUCCACAUAGAGUUUCCCAGUGCUGUGAACUUUGGAGCCAUCGGGGUCUUCAUGGCACAUGAAAUUCUCCACUCGUUCUAUGGUUAUGUGUUGCCUGAGGGCUGUCCUACAUGCAACAGGAGUGCACUACAAAAAUCUAUAGACUGCUUGGUUGAACAGUAUGAAAGCUACAGCUUUAAUGUCAGUGGCACUUUUACACUGUUGGAGAAUACAGCUGACACUGGAGGGCUCACCAUCGCUUACCAGGCCUAUAAGAACUGGCAGAAAAAGCACAAAGAAGAGAAGGAUUUACCUAAGAUUGGACUUUCACAUGAUCAACUUUUCUACCUCAGUUUUGCUCAUGCAAUGUGUGGACACCAGGAGCCAGAAAAACUACAGUUUUCCCUGACCACAGAUCCGCAUAGUCCCUUGCCACUUCGUGUCUGUGGGCCUGUCAGCAAUAGCCAGGACUUCUCCAAGCUCUUCCGCUGUUCCAGUGGAUCCCCAAUGAACCCAGACAACAAAUGCCGCAUCUGGUAAUCUGCAUGAGAUAUGACCCAAGGGACAGGAAGGCCUGACCAUGAAAGUAUGACCAUCUUCGCAGGGCCCCUAGGGUGACAUGGGUGACCUUCCUUGACCUUCCUUUUCUUGUUAUCCUCUCUGUAGAAGUUGAUGGUAGGGAAAUUUUUAAACUGAGUUUAUAAGUGAAGAAGAUCUCCUCCAAGGCUCUCAGAACUCUGUCCCAGAUGUAACUCUGGAGUGUAACAAGUCCCAAGGCAGCAAGGCGACUACCCAGUCUCUAGCAGACAGCAACUUCUGAGGAGCUAUAAACAGAAAGACUGCUACAUUACUAGUCCUUCUAUUCAGUGCAUUUCCCUGUCUACCCCAACAGCUUCCCAGUCAUGUUUAAUGGACAGGUCAAUAAGCUGGAGCUCUAAGACUUGUUCAUGAAUGAAUGACUCCUAGGAAAAUGCUAUGGGUUACUAUGCAAGCCACACAUGUACUUUAUAAGAGAGGGAAGAAUCCUCUUCUCUUCUUUUACUAAUAAAUUGAGACAGGUACUAGGAAAGACUCAGUGACUACAGUUUCCAGGCUGAAAGAUGUUACUUAAGGUUACUGAAGGCCUUCUCUGUUCUGUUUUUGUAAUAAUGAAGGUUAAUGAAGGCUUUCUCUGUUCCGUUUUUGUAAUAAUGAAGGUACUGAAGGCCUUCUCUGUUCUGUUUUUGUUUAAUCAUAAAAACUCAUAAGAGAAAAAAGGGGAAAGACUAAAGCAUCCCCAUUAGUGAAAGAGGGAUUGGGAGCUGAGAACAGAUUCUCUUUCUUCUUUCUUUUUCAACAAGACUUUCUUUUUUAGUCUCUAGGGUUAAAGAUAUGGUUGAGGGUGGAGUAUGGGACAGUCACGGGGGUUUCUAGAAGUCUCUGAAGAUCAAUUAAUUAGAAAUCCAAGAAUUUCUCUGGAUCCUGAACCUGGUUCUCUCAUUCCUGGAAGUUCUCUCAUCCCUACAUUUGUAAAUAUUUACCAUCCAAACAGACAAUUAGAGCUGCUGCAGGAUUUUACUUUCUACUUAAAAUUGGAUUUUAGAUGUUAAUUUAAUUUGGAGGAAAAACAGACUAAGAAGCAAUAUGUUUUGGGGUAGCAGGAGAAGUGCUUAAAAUACAUUCUCAAGAUCCAUUUAUAAUUACAUCCAUUUCAGGUUCUCAUAAUUAGAAAAUUUAUACCAAUAUUCUAAAAUUUACCAAAGUCAAUAAGAAUACAAAAUACUCCUACCUUUUGCAUACUCUUCAAACUGUUCUUGAUUAUGAGAGCAUCUUUAUUUUACCUGUUAUACUGGCUGUAUGGGGAUUGUUUGUGGAAUAGGUGAUGGCAAGUGGAAACAUCCCUCAUCAAUGUAAGCCUUGUAAAAAUAACUGUGUUAAUACUUUCUAAGUACUGACCAAUGCAGCAAAAUAUUUUCCAAGAACAGACUGUUUAGAGAUUUUGUUUUCAUUACUUAACUAAAAUAUUAAUAAAAAAAUUACUUUGAUUGCAAACUCUUUAUGAUCAGGCCUGUUUCUUUGUACUGUAUUUGCACUGUUCCCAACACAACUGUCAUUCUUAGCUGAACUUCUAAGUCAUAGAUAAUAAUACUUCAAAAUUAUUUAUUUACUCAUCAUAAAAAAUAACAAAAUUGGACCUGUGCUUGUUGCUACCAUUUAAACAGUGUAUAGUCCUCCUUCACUCAUUCAGUUUCCUCCUAGCAGCAUGUCCAGACUGUCUUUUUUUUAGAUGUUAAUAUCAAUUAACAUUGCACAACACAUUGUGUGUAAUACAGAUGUAAUUUCAGUGUUCUGAGACUAGUUGAUUUCUUAGUUUAUACUGUUUAGAAAAACAAAAACCAUUGACAGUCUGCAUUUUGAGGAAUCUAAACUUUUCUUGUAUCUAUCUUGUUAAGUGUAUAUGGGCCACCGUUCCCUGGAAUAUGCAUUUUUUGUCUUGUUCUUACAAUAUAUGAUGAAUUUAUGAAUAUUCUAUUUAAAAGACAGAGUCACCUCUGAAGUUGGUGAGUUGAAUCAAUUCUUAUUAGAAACUAUGAUGUUUUUACACGAAGAACGUAUGGGAAGUGCGAGAAGGGAGAUCUGGCUUAGAAAAAAUUACAUGAGUCUUGGAUUGAAAAUUUAUUGUGUUUCUCAAGGAGAAAGAAGAACACUUUCAAUACGUGCACAAGGUCUCUGCUUUUGUCUUCAGUGUUCCCUGGCAUGUGGUUGAUGAAGAGAAGCCGUAUUGUCCAGGAGGUGACCAUGAAACACAGGUAGAUGCUCAAAUUGUUAUCAUCCAUGAUCACAGAAGUUAUUUCAUGCUCUACGUCAUGCAUAAAAAAAAGAGCACAACGCUGCCAAUCUUCAGGGAAAGAGCCAGAUCCAACAGCAGGUCCUUCACCGCUGCAUUGCUCAGUGUCUCUGAGUCCUCAGGCUGCACCAUAUCGAUCACCUCCAUUCCUUCCCCUGUUGAUGAAGCCACGAAAGUUUCCUCCAUUUCCUCCCAACCUCUGACUGGGGUGAAAAGGAGACAACAUAAGCUUUCUUCUUGUUCGCUUCUUUCAUACUUUUCAUCUUUUCAUACUUCUUUCAUCCUUUAUACCUCUGCUUCCCUCCCCUACUUUUCUUGCCCUGCCUUCUAAACUUUCAAAUCCAUCUCACCCUUACUAUAUGUCCAUUUUCUCCUUCAUCCUGAACAGAUUUGCAUUAUACCCCAUUCCAUCUCUGCUUCUGUUGUCCUUUUCUUGUUUCUGUGAUUCUGUUUUUGAAAUCUUUUAUUUUAGAAAUUGCUUUGUCCUUACUCUCCUUCCUUUGCAUCUUCUUCCUUUCCUUUUUUCCUGUACUUUUACAUUAUAGAUCAUCUCAGAUACAUUUACCUUCUUUUAUCUUUUCAGGGCCAUGACUGUAGUAAUAGGCUGUAGUGGCUCUUGACAGCCCCAGCUGGAGCCUCUACCUGAAUCCCAUGGGUUCAGGGGCUUUAUUUAAGCUAGGGCCUGGGUCUCAGAUCUGUAUUUGUGGCCUUUUGCAAGUAUACCUAUCUCCACCUCCGUCUCCAUCACAGCUGUGCCUGGCCAUGGACCUUGUUAUUCUGGAUUUUGACCUACAAAUUGUCUUCCUGUUUUGACCUUGAAUAUGGCUUAACACUAUGGACUUGCCUGCAGUAAUGGACUGUGUCUGACCCUGAUUUCUUUCAUUUCUUUCUUGCUCCCCAGGAGCGGCCUGGACCUUUCCUUUUGGAUCUCUGUAGGGUGUGAGGGGGACCAGCUGAGAUGGGAGGCUGCAGUCAGGGCCAUGGGUGAUCUAAGAGGCCUUAAUAUCCAUGAACCAGCCUGAACUUGUGCCUCUUCCACAUCCUCUGCCCUGUAAGUGUAGGGCUGGGCAGUCACUGGACUGUGUCUGACCCUGGUCACCAUCACUACAUUUGACCCUGACGCUGACUGGUAUUCCUUCUUGAACUUGGAUUUGUCUCAACAUCAUGGACUUCCUUGGUGACCUCUUGUCUGGUCCUGACUGCCAUACCCAGACCUGUCCUGCUCAGGUCCCUGCCCUGUUGGCCUUGCUAUCUCAUUCUGUUGCUGGCUCCCUAUUCCUUAGGGACCAUCUGACCCCCACUUCUCCUUGACAUAUAUGUUCUUGUUCCCCCUCUGAUUUUCUCCUUACAAAACCAAGCUUCUGUGUCCACACCCUAUCUCAUUUCCUGUCUUAGUUGCUCUCCAAGCCCCUUCUUUCUCAUCCUCCCACUUCAACCCUUCCUCUCACCUGCUGAUGGACUGUUUCCCUCUUGCUGUCCAUUCUUGGCAGUGUGAAUCAUGAUCUGGCUUUUCACUGGUGUGAAGGCAUUAGAAAAGACAAAGCAGUAAGUAACUGGGAACAAACCCAUAAGAUAGAUGGUAAAUCCCAGAAAAACAAUCAGGGUUCGAUUAUCCCCCAUUCUGUUUUCCUGUCCAGCACAAGACACUUCUGCUCCUCGCUGCUUUUCAGCUAACAGAGUCUGGACUUAACUACCACCACAGUCUUGGUUGGGGCACAUUGUGACAUCAUGGCACUCAUCUGACAUACAAAGAUGUCAUACGCAGUUAAGCAAAAACUUUGCAUCAUAUGUAGCUAACAACACUCUAAAGUAAGCAAAUACUGUGAACAUUAUCGGGAAUAAAAAAAAAAAGGUGUAUCUCAUCUCAAAGUUUAAAAGAGAAUGAAGGAGAUAGGAUUAUAACAAUAGGACAUCACCUGAAAUCAAAAGAUAAUACUUAAUCUUGAACAUAUCUGUAGCUAACAACUGUCUGAAACUGAACAAAAAAUGUACCAGUGGAGUGGACAAUAUAAUGAAUUUCCCACUUCAGUGUUUAACCACUUAUUACUAAUUUGUGCUACUUGACUUACACAGCCUCAAUGAAUAGAAAUAAAAUUUCAAGAAA